AAAAAAACAAUAAACUUACGAAUAAUAAUUGGACUAAGGAAAUAUUAAAUUUAGGAUCGUGGUGAGAUUGUGAGAUUUAUAUUUUUUUUGGAACUUGAUAUUAAUUUGAAAUAGGCACAUUUGUGCUAUAUUCCUAUAUACAUGUCUAGGAAAGACUUAAAACUAGUGAGGAGAAAUCUAUGAUGUCGUAUGGGCACAUUUGCUCCUGUGUUUGAUUUUGUGGAAAAAAGAAGAAGGAGAGAUAGUAAGAGUGUCCUAUGAAAUUUUAGGAUUAUAUAUGCUUUAGGGACGAAGCAUUCUUUCAAGGAGGGUAGAAUGUGACACUCCUAAAAUUUUUUAAAAAAAGAUUUAAUAUAAACUAACACAUGAUAACUGCUAAUUGUAUACAUGGAUAAUUUUCUUAACUUAUGCUGCGGGACGAAACAUCUUUUAAGGAGGGUAGAAUGUGACACCCCGAAAAACUGUUAAAGAAAAAAAAGCAAGAACAAGAACAAGAUGCUGCCUCUGACCCAUCUUUUGUGGCUACGCCUAUAACUUUUAUUCCUAGACAUAUAUUAUGGAGAGAAAGCUGAGUGUUAGAAAAUGGAGAGUUUAUGACUCAAGAAAGCAAAGAAGUUGCAGAGAAAAUUGAUCAAUUUGAGCAGCAAGCCCUUAUGGGAUAAUUUACUGAAAGUGGAAGAAAUGAUAUACUGAUUGCAUCACUGGGGAAACCAGAACAUCCAGGUCGUGUUAGGGGCGUUGGAGGAGAAGUAACUAUAACAGAAUAUUUUGGCCCCCAGUCUCGACGUGAUGUGCAAGAAAAUGAUAUACAUUUUCUAACAUUUAUCCUUGGAUGAUGUGCAACAGUUAAUUCACAAAGCAGUAACUGAUACAGAAUCCAGAGUUGCAAGAACAUUUGAAACUCAAAUGGAACAGAUGGAAAGGAGGCAAAAAAAAUGGAAGAAAUGAUGGAGAAUAUGAUGUGUAAUAAUGCUAGUCCCAUGUCUGUUGGUUCAUAUCAGAAUGAAUGCAUAAUUGCAAGUCCAUAUCCGAAGAGUGGAAUAGCGAGCUGCCCGGAUCCAUUUGAUAACCUACCUGCGACAAGGGAGAAUUGCAUAUGCUACAUCGAGGAUCCUUUUAAACGUGUUGUAGCAUAUGGGAGAGUUUAUAAGUUGGGAGGAAUGCUGCAUAACCAACCUUUAUCAAAAGAUAAUGUUCGAGUAGUUGUUGAUAAGGUCAUUAUUCCAGAUGCUGUAGUACCCUACCGAAAUGAUGAGUUGCAAACUGUGAAUGAUGCACCCGGUCAAUUUAUUCCUUGGCCAAAGCUACUAGUGGAGUUGGGAACUAAAUAUGAGGUACAAACACGACGCAAUGUAAACGGCCAAAUGACAAAGCAGUCAUCUUUGAAUGCAAAUUGUCCUUUAUUUAUUGAUGUUACUAGCGUGCCUAGGGAGUUCGGUUUGACAAAAACACUAGCAGAUGAGCUGCAUGCCAAGGAGUGCAUUGACAUCAAUAUGGAUUCUAAUAUCGUUGGAAUACAAUAUGCAUUCCACAUUGAUCGUGAAGAGAUUUUGCGCUUUCUAAGGAUGGAGACUAUAGAUUUGGGCUCUAUGAUGCUGUUUUGUAUGUGUAUUUACAAUCACUUUGACUUGAGAGGAAGUAAAAACUAUGGAUUUUUAUGUCCACGUAUGAUUCAAGAGAAGACAAAUGACAGUGAAAGGGUUAGCUAUCUUACUAGGAUUCUUCUCAAGGGCACUAGAAAUUGUUACCUAUGCUAGCACCGUAUCAUCAAGGAAAUCAUUGGGCAUUAUGUGUUAUUUGUCCAAAUUCGUUCGAGGUGUAUUGGUUCGAUUCAAUUGGGGGCAAACCUGCUAAGGACAUUAAGCAAAUCGUGGAAGUGUCGUUCAAAGAAGCUGCUCUUCUAGGUAGAAUAUCGACAAAUCGGUACAAGACCACAAAAAGCAUCACUUGCCCAUGUCCAACACAAGUGGAGAAUGUAGAAUGUGGUUAUUACGUCAUGAGAUUAAUGCAUGACAUUAUUUCUGGUCAAAUGACACAAAAUUUGAACAAGAUGUUCAGCCGGUGUGAUAAAUAUACAAGGGGUGAUCUAGACGUUGUUCGUGGGUUAUGGUGCAAAGCUAUAUGCAAAUAUAGUUUAUGAUGCGACGAAGUGGCUCCAGUUUAUUUUUAAGUUGUCAUGCAAUAUAUGCAAUAUGGUUUGUCAGUGUGAAGUUGUUUUGGAGUCUGUAGAACUCUAACAUGAAUGCGUUGAAUUGCAAGAGUAGAACUCUAACAUGAAUGUUUUGAAUUGCAAGACUAGAUGUUGUAUGAGACAAUUUGUGAUGAUCUUUGAAUGAAUCAGAAUUUUGGGAACUAA